AGUCGUCCCCACUAGAAGCCUCCCUGCCUUUUGUUUGUUUUCCAGCUGGAGGCUGGAGAGCGGCCGGGUUCCUGCUGCUCUACCAUGCGCCGCGCGGCCCGUGCGACUCGCCGGACCUCCCGGGCGUCCCUGCACAGACGCCUCGGCCUGUCCUAGCAGGGAUCGCCCCUAUUCUCACUUCCGGAGCGGGCUGCUGCGCCCCACUCGCCGAGGAACUGCGCUCACCGCAGGGGCGGGCCCCCGCCUGUGUUCGCCGCGCCACAGCAGUCUGACCAACGUGGCGUUCUGAGAAGGGCCUCUGACUAGAGUGUCAGAAAUCUCCUAUCUGUGGACCUCAGUGUUUGUGGUUGAUGUGCUUGGCUGGAAGAAUGUGCAAACAGAGGCAGAAGACUGAUCUUUGAAAAUAUGUAUUUGGGAUAUAGUCCCGUUCUGUUGAAUACCUUGUGCGGGUGCUGCCACAGAAAAAUCUGGUUACACUCCGGGGAGGCCCGCCGCCGCUGCAGGACUGAACCCCCUCGGCCCUGAGAUGAGUGUCCGGCCUGCUCGGGCACACCAUGAAUAGAUACACAACAAUCAGGCAGCUUGGGGAUGGAACCUACGGUUCCGUCCUGCUGGGAAGAAGCAUCGAGUCUGGGGAACUGAUUGCCAUUAAAAAAAUGAAAAGAAAGUUUUAUUCCUGGGAGGAAUGCAUGAAUCUUCGGGAGGUUAAGUCUUUAAAGAAACUCAACCAUGCCAAUAUAGUAAAAUUAAAAGAAGUUAUCCGGGAAAAUGAUCAUCUUUAUUUUAUCUUUGAGUACAUGAAGGAAAAUCUUUACCAGCUCAUUAAAGAAAGAAAUAAGUUGUUUCCUGAGUCUGCUAUAAGGAAUAUCAUGUAUCAGAUAUUGCAAGGACUUGCAUUUAUUCACAAACACGGCUUCUUCCAUCGGGACCUAAAGCCCGAGAACCUCCUCUGCAUGGGACCAGAACUUGUGAAAAUCGCAGACUUUGGAUUGGCCCGAGAAAUCCGAUCAAGACCUCCCUACACAGAUUAUGUAUCUACCAGAUGGUACCGGGCUCCGGAAGUGCUCCUGCGGUCCACCAACUACAGCUCCCCCAUCGACAUCUGGGCUGUGGGCUGCAUCAUGGCCGAAGUGUACACCCUCAGGCCACUCUUCCCUGGGGCCAGUGAAAUUGACACAAUCUUCAAAAUUUGCCAAGUACUGGGGACUCCGAAAAAGACCGACUGGCCAGAAGGCUACCAACUUUCAAGUGCUAUGAACUUCCGCUGGCCACAGUGCGUGCCCAAUAACUUAAAGACUCUAGUUCCGAAUGCUAGCAGCGAAGCGAUUCAACUCCUGAGAGACAUGCUCCAGUGGGAUCCCAAAAAACGGCCAACAGCUAGUCAGGCGCUUCGGUAUCCUUACUUCCAGAUCGGGCACCCACUGGGCAGCGCCACGCAGAGCCUUCCGGAUCCAGGAAAACCACAGAAGGACGGCCUGGAAAAGACAGGCCCGCCUCCUCACCUUAAGCCAGUCCCUCCUGCCCAGCCCCCAACCAAACCACACACGCGGAUUUCUUCCAGACAGCAUCAAGCCAGCCAGCCCCCUCAGCAUCUCGUGUACCCCUACAAAGCAGAGGCUUCCAGGACAGACCACCAGAGCCAUCUUUUAGAGGAUGAGCCAAGCCCCUUGCUCUUCCCAUCCCUCUACAUCAAGAACCCUCAGGUGAAAAUCCUACCUGGGCUGGAGCACAAAAACGGUGAGAUCAAACCAAAGAGCAGGAGAAGGUGGGGUCUCGCUUCCAGGUCAACAAAGGAUUCCGACGACUGGGCCGACUUGGAUGACUUGGAGUUCGGCCCGUCCCUCACCAGGACUGACCUGAAAAACAAGAAGAGACAGAGUGACGAGACCCUCUGCAGAUUUGAGAGUGUUCUGGACCUGAAGAAACCCUCUGAGCCCGUGGGGACAGGAAACAGCGCCCCCACCCAGACAUCGUAUCAGAGGCGGGACACGCCGACCCCGAGUUCGGGAGCCAAGCAGCACUACUUGAAGCACUCCCGAUACUUGCCUGGAAUAAAUAUAAGAAAUGGCAUCCUCCCGACUCCAGGCAAGGAUUUUAUUCCAUCUAAUCCAUGGUCUAGUUCUGGUUUAUCUGGAAAGUCUUCAGGGACGGUGUCAGUAAUCAGCAAAAUAAAUUCAGUUGGUUCCAGCUCUACGAGUUCUAGUGGGCUGACUGGAAACUAUCUCUCUUCCUUCCUGAAAAAAGAAGUUGGUUCUGCUGUGCAGAGGGUACACUUGGCACCUAUUCCAGACCCUUCCCUUGGUUAUUCUUCCCUGAAGUCUGUGAGACCUCAUCCUGGACGACCUUUUUUCCACACCCAGCCUAGAAGCACGCCUGGGUUGAUCCCACGGCCUCCAGUCGCACAGCCAGUGCAUGGCCGGACGGACUGGGCUUCCAAGUACCCAUCCCGGCGGUGACAGUCACAGAGCCCUUUGGAGGGGAAAGCAGGACAGUGUCUCAGCCAACUGGUGUUCUACCUACAAGAAACUUUCAGAUGGUGUAAAAGCAAACAAACACUUUAUAGUUAUUCUUCUGAACUAAGACAUUUCAAUGUUCUUUUUUAACUUUUUUCUUAAAUAUUGAUUUAAAUGCAAUACCCUUUUUUUGUACAAAAUUAUUUUAUUCUAAUACUGGGUCCCAUUAUUUUCUUAAACAGCAGCAUUUUGUAUAUAUGGAUUAUGUUUUAGCAUUUUAUACAGCCAACUUUGUAACAAAUUUUUAAAAGAUUAAUUGAUUUUCUUUUGGGGGUUCCAGAUAAUAUUUUAUACAGAUUUUUAAAAAUGUAAUAAUAUUGAUGCAGUAUUGCAAUAGGGGUGCAAUUUAAGACUACAUGAUAAGGGUUAUUUACUCAAUGCGUGUGGAUAUUUGCAAAGUGGUUAAAUUUUAAAUGUGGCUCAUCAGGCACCUAAGCUUCCCUGGACUGACAUCAACACCAGAAAAAGGACCUUCUGCUUCUCUCAGUGUCACGUGAUCGGUUUGAUUUUUUGAGACUCCCGUGCUGUUCUAAAAGUACCAUUAUGUAAUUCGCUUUGUUCAGUGUUUGUCCCCCAGAUGAAAGAACUCUAAGUAAAUAUUUUUUUAAAUUUCUACGGCACCCUUUAUAGUGGUUGGAGAUAGCCAAAUAGAACCAGGCUUUAUCAUGCUGUAUGCCGUCACAUUCUAUUUCUUCCCUUUUCAAAAUCAGAUGGUAUAUGUACUCACAAAAGGAAGACUUUUCAAGCCACAAGAUUCUCAACAUAAAGAUUAAUACAGUCAAUGAAACAGAUAUCCCUGCCAAGAUACAUGACCAAAAAUCUAAGUUUCAAAGCAGCACAUUUUUUAUUACAGUAACGGAUAGAAAUUUGCAUUCAGCUCAGUUCACCAGGCCUGGUUAGGAACAUGCAACAAAUAAUCUUCUCUCCUAGCCAAAAUCUCAGGGCAAUGUGGGGAGCUGAAAAGAUUCAUGACAGAGGUUCCACUUGUCUAGGAAGUCACAUUCACCGUGAUGUUAAUGUCACGGUGUGCCACAUUUGAACUUUGAACUCUUAACCCUUGUGUGGUUUCUUUCAACAGUGAGAACUCUAUUGGUUGGCGUGUGGGCUCUUCCAUUGAGAGGAAUGUUUACAGUGAUUUUGAAAAUGACAAAGCUAGUUUGGAGACAGAAAAAGUCAGAAGGUGCACUCUCCUCCAUCUCUGUAGGACACAUUUGCCUCCACUCAUGGUUACCCGAAAGGCAAGAAGGCAGGUCACUGCCAGAGAAUGCAGCGCAAUCUCGGUAGUGCACUGACUCUCCCAGGCUCAAGCACUCUCCUGUGGUUCCAGGCUCCAGGGUACAGAAGCUGCACCCUGUGAAAUUGCCGUUAUUGUAGGUUAAAAUGAAUAUUGGCAUUUGGCUAUGGUUCAGCCUAAUAAGUUGGUAAAUUAUCACUUCAGUGUAUUAGUAAUAUGUUGUAGCCUGACCUGAACCAAUUAUACUGUGGCUCCUAAAGAGCCCACAGUAUAAAGUCAGGAGUAAUUUCCGCAUUGGAGAAUCUGGCUCAAAAAUGUACUUGACCAAGCACUAUGAUCCCUAGGGCCAGGAGAAAAGCACAUAAUGGAUGUGGCUUUGAUAGGUAAUAUUUUCCUGUUAACAAACUGGCGGCUGAGCUUCUGAAAAUAAAUAUGUAUGUAAGCACAACUUGAACCUGAAUUCAUUUCUGUAUUAUAUUCUCCACUCAUUAUCUAAAGCAACAGAAAAUGUGUUUUCAGGAAUGAGUCCUUUCCUGAGGUUAAUAUUUAUUUUCUCUUUCUGUAUUAUGUAUACAAAGUAAGUUAAUCUAUAACCAUGCCCAGCUUGCUGGAAAGCUGGGUUUAAAUUGUAAAUACCCCUUAGAGAAGCAAAUGGAUUGUGAAUACCAUAUUCUUGACACUAUAGCUCAUGUUAAAGUCAUUAUAUAUUUUUUAAUUGAAAACCCUUGUUACCUGGUUAUUACAUAUUAUAAAGUGGUUUUUCUAAUACUUCUUUAGGGCCUGAGUUCAGAAAAUAUUUUGCUUUUCUUCCUCUUAUCUUUCCUUUGUUUAUCAGCAAACAACUUCCCUUGGGAAACUAAAGAUGUUUAUUCAUGUGGAAGUCAAGAAGCUGAUGUGCAGUUGAGAAAACUAGAAUACUGGGGAAAAACAAUGUAAAUUCUCAAGAACUAGCAAAAUCCUAUAAAGUACUUUCCCUACCCCCAUCCCCGAAAUGGGUAAAGGAUAAUUGUGUAUACAAGUUUUUUACUAUAGAAGGGAAUAGUGACCUGGUUUCUGUUGCUGUUGUUACUGUUAAAUGGAAAAAAAAUGCUACCUGUUGCAUGUAUUUUUUAAAUUACUAUAGAAUUAUAAAGUGUACUGCAAGACACCAAGAUAAGUGAUGAGUGUCACUGUACCUAUCCAUGACUAUACCUCACUUCCAGUCAGAAAGCCUUCCAGGGCGCCUGGUAACAUACAGGGGUGGCUCUCAUUCCGUGCCCAAGGGUUCAGCAACGGUGCACCAAGGGGCACACAUGUCAACUGCACGGACACAAAAGGAGCAUGGUGUGACUGUUCAUUUUACAAUAAGCCCUCCCCAGCUUAUGGAUGAUAGGAUUUAAGUAGGAAGAAAAUUGAUUUUAAAACAACUUUUAAGACAUAUCUCUCGCCUAAAGGAUUAAGUAGCAUCUAAAAAAUCAAUGCUGUGUCAUCUCCUGGAGUUUUCGAAGACUGGAUACAAUCAAGGAAACACAUGUAAAAUGAAACUAUUCUUGUUUUGUCGAGAAUUGUCAAGAUUUUGUCAGGAAUCUGUUUUUCAGUACAAAUACCAGUACUGUUGGAGUUCAUGGUUGACGUGUUUUUCAUGAAGUAGUGUUUCCCUUCCAUCAAGUCGUUGUUUUCGUGCCAUUUAGGAGAGAAAAAGAAAGCAGGCUUUAUGAUUCAGCUCAGUGUAUGACCAAAAGCAAUAUGUUUAUAAGAAAAUGUGUGACAUACAAUUACAUAUCAUUUAAAGCAUACUAUAGCAACUUGUUUGUUUAAUGUAUGUGGUUAAUUUUUAGGAUUAUUUUUACAAUUUGCAACCAAAGUACUGUAUUUUAUAUAAUUUAUUGUGAGGAUCUUCUCAUGGAAACCAUUAAGAAGACAAACUGGAGGCGAAUAUCACUUAAUCUGUAUUAUUAGUUUCUUAUAGACACUGCUAAUGUGAAUUUAAAAUGACCUGAAUAAUAGCUUUCUGGUAGAAAUUUUGUCAACUGAUUUGAUUACAAAGGAGUAACUGGGAAUAUAUUUAUUUGUAAAGCAAAUAUUCAUAAU